GCGACUCUGCGCCGAUCGUGUACGACUCGAAGAAUGGUCACCUAUAAUAGGUAGCAUCGCGAGGAAUCGAGAUCUCGUGGAAAUUUUGAUCUAUAGCCGGUCGCGACGUAGAAAGGUGCGAGAGAAGAUUAAUAAUGAGGAAAAGCUCGAGACUUUGUGGCGAUACAGAGCAAAGGAGCAACAACAGCAACCGAUACUCUAUACGAAUUUCUUGCUACGUUGUUUGCUGAAUUCCAUCAUGAUCUGCACGAGAGAAUCUUCGGCGUUGAAGUCUCUCGUACUCGAUGGCAUUCCGCUUUCACCGAAAUAUUUGCGUAUAUUGUGCGACGGUUUCGUUAACAAUAUUACGUUAGAAAAUCUGUCUUUGCCGAAGUGUAACAUCGGUGAUACAGGUUGCGACAUGUUGUUGAACGCUUUACAAGACCUUCCAAAUUUGAAGACUUUAAAUCUUUCUGCCUGCUGUUUGACAAGCAGAAGCGUCGGAUCGUUAUCUUUGUAUUUAAAGAAAAGAAAUGCGAAUAUUUCGGAAAAUGUUUGUAAGGAUUUGAAUAUCGAAGAACGCAGACAAAAGAAUUAUGGAUUGCGUACACUCGUACUGAGUAAAAAUAACAAGUUGAACGAUAAUGGAAUACGGCGAUUGAUGAACGUUUUGAAGAACGAUUUUUGGCUGAAAAUAUUAGGAUUGAGGCAUUGUGGCAUCACUAAAAUCGGAGCUGAGAUUAUCUUCGAAGUUCUUCGAACGAAUGAAGUAUUAACGACGAUAGAUCUGAGGGAGAAUGAUAUACCGAGUGAAAUUUUACGAUCGAUCACGAAGAUAUUGAAAGAAAAGAAAGGUGAAAAAGAGGAAUGGGCCUCGACGAGAAAGAAAUCGGAUCGGCGAUACGAUAGAGAUGCAACGUUUCGUGAGAAAAGAUCAAAUCGAACGAAUACUGCCCGUCGAGUAUUCAUCGAUAGAAAAACGACGGAGAAUUUCACCGUAUCUUCUCGCGAGAUGAAAGAUUCCGAUGAAUAUGAAUUCGAGGUCGAACAGGAUCUCUUUGAUUUCGAUAAUUUGGAUAAGUUAGAAGAGUCCAAAUUGAAUUUGCAAGAUCUGCAAUUGCGACUAUCGAAUCUAGUUUCGAGCAACGAGGCUUUGGAGACAGAGAUAAAGAAAAAAGGAAUAUCAUUGGAGGAGGAGAAAAAUCGACGAAUCGAAGCUGAACAAACUUGCGAGAAGAUAAAAUCGUUGUUGGAGAGGUUUAAAGAUAAACUUAUCGUUCGAUCGUGGACUCGUUCCGAAGAGGACAGUGGAGAUAAUCAACCUUUCGACGGUCUUCGGGGAGUUCUUAGAAUUUUAGAAGGGUUUUCCACCGCCGACAAGCCAAGAAAUGAUUAUUGGGCCGUUCUAAUACGUCAAGUUGUGCUUUUGCAAUAA